UUUCUCGCAUUUACUUGGUUGGUGUGUGUUGCAGCUGGCUUGGUUUUUCGCAGUAAAAAGGAAGCAAGAAAGACAUCAAACUUCAGUUAAAAAUUAAAUUAUUUAAUAAUCAAAACCUAAGAAGCUAAAAAUACAAAAUGUCCAAUGAAGAAGAAAAGGUUGAAGGACCUGAGGCGACUGAGGAGAAUUCGAAUGAAACAAAUUCGGAGAAAACUUCAUCUUCGGGUGAAAAGGAGGAGGGCUAUGACAAUAAAAUAAAAUCGGAUAGCAGUAAACGCUUUGAUUUCUUGCUAAAACAAACCGAAAUUUUCACACAUUUUAUGAGCAAUAGCAUCAAGAGUCCCACAAAACCGAAAGGUCGACCAAAAAAGACUAAGGAUAAGGAAAAAGACGGAGGAUCGAAUGCUGACCACCGCCAUCGCAAGACCGAACAGGAAGAAGAUGAAGAGUUAUUGGCUGAAGAUACUCAAAACAAAGAUAUUUUCCGGUUUGAAGCAUCACCGGCCUAUAUUAAAGGUGGUGAAUUACGUGAUUAUCAGAUUCGAGGUCUCAACUGGAUGAUAUCGCUGCAUGAAAACGGUAUCAACGGUAUCUUGGCCGAUGAAAUGGGUUUGGGAAAAACUUUGCAAACCAUUUCGUUGUUGGGCUACCUAAAGCAUUUCAAAAAUCAAGCCGGUCCUCAUAUUGUCAUUGUACCCAAAUCUACUCUCCAAAAUUGGGUAAAUGAAUUCCAAAAGUGGUGCCCAUCACUGAGGGCGGUAUGCCUGAUUGGUGAUCAGGAAGCACGUAACACUUUUAUACGUGACGUAUUGUUGCCCGGCGAGUGGGAUGUUUGUGUAACAUCUUAUGAAAUGUGUAUUCGUGAAAAAUCGGUAUUUAAAAAAUUCAAUUGGCGUUAUAUGGUCAUUGAUGAGGCUCAUCGUAUAAAGAAUGAAAAAUCAAAAUUAUCAGAAAUUUUAAGAGAAUUCAAGACCACCAAUCGUCUCUUGAUUACCGGUACACCAUUGCAGAACAAUUUACAUGAAUUGUGGGCUUUAUUGAAUUUCUUGCUACCGGAUGUUUUCAAUUCAUCCGAGGAUUUCGAUGAGUGGUUUAAUACCAACUCCUGUUUGGGCGAUGAUGCUUUAGUCCAGAGAUUGCAUGCAGUGCUGAAACCCUUCUUGUUGAGACGUUUGAAAUCCGAAGUCGAAAAACGUCUGAAACCCAAAAAAGAAAUUAAAAUCUUUGUGGGUCUUUCAAAAAUGCAAAGAGAAUGGUAUACUAAAGUAUUAAUGAAGGAUAUCGAUGUUGUUAACGGGGCUGGUAAACUGGAAAAAAUGCGUUUGCAAAAUAUUUUGAUGCAAUUGCGUAAAUGUACCAAUCACCCAUAUUUGUUUGAUGGUGCUGAACCUGGACCACCCUACACUACAGAUACACAUUUGGUUUUUAACUCCGGCAAAAUGGUAAUUCUCGACAAGCUAUUGCCCAAAUUGCAAGCCCAAGGUAGUAGAGUCUUGAUUUUCUCACAAAUGACACGUAUGUUGGAUAUUUUGGAAGAUUACUGCUUGUGGCGUAGCUAUCAAUACUGCCGUUUGGAUGGUCAGACACCACAUGAAGAUCGUAACCGUCAGAUUCAAGAAUACAAUGCCGAAAAUUCCAGCAAGUUCAUAUUCAUGUUGUCCACUAGAGCUGGUGGUUUGGGUAUUAAUUUAGCCACUGCUGAUGUCGUCAUUAUCUAUGAUUCAGAUUGGAAUCCUCAAAUGGACUUACAGGCUAUGGAUCGUGCCCAUCGUAUUGGUCAAAAGAAACAAGUACGAGUUUUCCGUUUUAUUACUGAGAAUACUGUGGAGGAGAAGAUUGUUGAACGGGCUGAAAUAAAAUUGAGAUUAGAUAAAAUGGUUAUACAGCAAGGACGUUUGACCAACAAUACAGGCAAUCAAUUGAACAAGGAUGAAAUGUUGAACAUCAUUCGCUUUGGUGCCAAUCAUGUAUUUGCUUCCAAGGAUUCUGAGCUGACCGAUGAAGAUAUCGACACUAUUCUGGAACGUGGAGAAGCCAAAACUAUGGAAGAAAAGGCUAAAUAUGAUUCGUUGGGUGAAAGUUCUUUGCGCACCUUCACGAUGGACACAAAUGCGGAUGGUGCCUCAUCUUCGGUCUAUCAAUUUGAGGGUGAAGAUUAUCGUGAGAAACAAAAACUCAAUGCCUUGGGUAACUGGAUAGAACCUCCAAAGAGAGAACGUAAAGCCAACUAUGCCGUGGAUGCCUAUUUCCGUGAGGCUCUACGUGUAUCAGAACCCAAGGCUCCCAAAGCACCGCGUCCACCUAAACAGCCCAUUGUACAAGAUUUCCAAUUCUUCCCCCCACGCCUCUUUGAGAUUCUUGACCAGGAAAUCUAUUACUUCCGUAAGACAGUUGGUUAUAAGGUACCCAAAAAUCCGGAAUUGGGAUCUGAGGCCACAAAAGUUCAACGAGAAGAGCAACGUAAAAUCGACGAAGCUGAACCCCUAACCGAGGAAGAAUUGGCUGAAAAGGAAUAUUUGUUAACCCUAGGAUUUACCAAUUGGAGCAAGCGUGAUUUCAAUCAAUUUAUUAAGGCCAAUGAGAAAUAUGGUCGUGAUGAUAUAGAAAACAUCGCCAAGGAUGUUGAGGGCAAAACUCCCGAAGAGGUUAUUGAAUAUAAUGCGGCGUUUUGGGAACGUUGUCAUGAGUUGCAGGAUAUUGAGAGAAUAAUGGCACAAAUUGAAAGGGGUGAGGGCAAAAUUCAAAGGCGUCUUUCCAUUAAAAAGGCUUUGGAUCAGAAAAUGUCCCGAUACCGAGCCCCAUUCCAUCAACUCCGUUUACAGUAUGGCAACAACAAGGGUAAAAAUUAUACCGAAAUUGAGGAUAGAUUUUUGGUCUGUAUGUUGCACAAACUUGGUUUUGACAAGGAAAAUGUAUACGAAGAGCUAAGAGCUGCUAUAAGAGCAUCACCUCAAUUCCGUUUCGAUUGGUUUAUCAAAUCUCGCACAGCCUUGGAAUUACAAAGGCGUUGCAAUACCCUUAUAACCCUAAUUGAACGUGAAAAUCUCGAAUUGGAGGAAAAAGAACGCCAGGAAAAGAAGAAAAAGGUGACCAAAAACUCGAAUGCACCAGCUGCAGCUCCUUCGUCUAAAACCAAUCAGAAACGCAAAUCCGAAGUAGUGGCCACCGAGAAAAACGCCAAGAAAAAGAAAAAGUAAACACAGUUUCCGUGUGACGACUUCCUAAUAACUUACACCUAAGAUAAUAUUAAACAGAGAUUAAUUUUAGCAUAUUCUCGUCCUUUAAGUUUUUUCUAUUAUAAUAAUGCAUACACAUUUCCUUAAUUUUAUGAUGUAGCCAGAUUAUAGCACCACACUCUAGUGCAGAUUCUGAUGUAAAAUGUUUGGAGCAUUCAAAUCCAAAUUGUAAAAAAUGAACAAAAUUAAAUUCUAACCUUGUUUUAAAUAA